AUGGCUCCACUCGUCGCUUUCAUCCCGCGGGCCACGUUCCCGCCCAUCGAGUCUAUCGUCAAAUCCUACUUCCUUGGCCAUCAUAAAUCCGGAAUAACUAAAAUGCGCCAACUUCUGGGCUCUGUUGAGCUUAUCAUUGAGUGUAGGGAUUAUAGAGUCCCAUUGUCUUCCCGUAACCCGAUGUUUGAAAAGAACCUUGUCGGUAGGGAAAGGAUGAUAGUGUAUACCAAACGUGACCUGGGCGCUGAGAGUUUGGAUGAGAAGACACGGGAGACAAUAAGACGCUGGCACAAACCUCAGAAAGUAUUAUUCACAGAUUGCAAGUCAGACGCUGACAUAAAGAAAGUGAUAAAAUAUGCAAAAGAUAUCGCUACCUCGGUUGAUAACGUACUGGGAACCCGUAUGAUGCUUGCCGGCAUGCCCAAUGUCGGCAAAUCAUCUCUUCUAAAUGCCCUUCGACGUGUAGGAAUGGGCAAAGGGAAAGCCGCAAUAACUGGCGGUCAACCAGGUGUAACCAGGAGCAUCGGGACUACAGUUCGUAUCUGCUCCGAUCCCGAUAUAAUGCUCCUCGACACACCAGGUGUAUUCAUCCCAUACGUUCCAAACACACAAACCAUGCUGAAACUCGCUUUGGUGGGCUGUGUAAAGGAUACAUUGAUAGACCCGGUUACUCUUUGUGACUAUCUACUGUUCAGAGUUAACCUCGUCGAUCCGACGUUGUAUUCAGCGUAUCACACUCCAACAAAUGAUAUCACACAGUUGUUGACUGCGACGGCUAUACAGAUAGGAAGACUAGGAAAGGGUGGCGUACCAGAUCUAACGGCAACAGCGAUAUGGCUUAUACAAAGAUAUCGAGCUGGAGAUCUCGGGAGGUUUAUACUCGAUGAUGUGGAUCUUGAAGCAUUUGAUAGAAGAAUACAGGAGGAGGCAAGUGAAGGGCAAAGUGCCAACCAGCUGCGGAAAGAGAUUAAGGCCGAAAGAGCCGCUCACAAAGCCUCGAAGGCUUCUACUAUAGAUUAA